UGGCAAUAGAGCAAAGAGGUCAAUUACUUCGUUACCGCCCACCUUACCACCGAAGAAGACGCCCGUUUUCUCCGACACCCAUGACCCAACACGAGGAAAGAAAGAAAAAGAAAACCAAAAGAAACUGUUAAGACAAGAGAGAGAAAGAAAGACUCAGGACUCAAGAGUCAAGACAGCUCUCUCUCUUUCCACAAUCCUGCUCCGCUUCCUCCAUUGGAUACACCAAUAGCAACUGAUUUCCAUUUUUUGUCUCUCAAGAAUUUCAAUUCCGUGUGGGUGAUUGUUGGGAGUUCCAAGGGGGGGAUUGCUGCUGUGAGUGAGCUGGUGGAUUUCUUAAGGGAUUGGAUGCAGAGGAAGAACUGAGGUGUUAUGAGAAGGCGGAGGAGGAGCAGGAGCUGUGGUUAAUUCCAAGGGGGGGAGUUCUUCGACAUUUGCAUUAUAGUGUGGCCGGGUUGCUACAGGAAGAACUGGAGCUAAUAAUCAGUGCAAAUGUCAAAAUCUCCUUCCCCUGAACCUCGACAUGGAAGAUCUACUUCUCAGCCUAGAGAAUCAAAUGGACCAGCAGGAAUGGAUGAUCCAGAGUCUACAAUGGCUACAGUUGCUCAUUUUAUCGAGCAGCUACAUGCGAAUAUGUCAUCACAGCAUGAGAAGGAGCUUAUCACAACACAUGUACUCAGUAUUGCUAGAGCGAGGAAGGAUGUGAGGAUGCUUAUUGGUUCCCACACUCAGGCAAUGCCUUUGUUUAUAUCCAUUCUCAGGAAUGGUACUACUGCUGCCAAAGUUAAUGUUGCUGCAACUUUGAGCGCUCUCUGCAAGGAAGAAGAACUACGGUUAAAGGUUCUUCUUGGUGGAUGCAUACCACCAUUGCUCUCACUUUUGAAGUCAGAAUCAAUUGAAUCCAGGAAGGCAGCUGCCGAGGCAAUCUAUGAAGUUUCGUGCGGUGGACUAUCAGAUGAUCAUGUGGGUGUGAAAAUAUUUGUGACUGAAGGUGUAGUUCCCACUCUGUGGGAUCAGCUCAAUCCAAAUGUCAAGCAAGACAAGGUGGUGGAGGGAUAUGUCACUGGAGCCUUGAGGAAUCUUUGUGGAGACAAGAAUGGCUACUGGAGGGCCACACUUGAUGCAGGAGGGGUAGAUAUUAUCAUUGGACUUCUGUCUUCUGAUAAUGCUACUGCUCAGUCCAAUGCUGCAUCUCUUUUGGCUCGUUUGAUGUCAGCUUUUAGUGAUAGCAUCCCAAAAGUUAUAGAGGCUGGAGCUGUUGAAGCUUUGCUUCGACUAGUUGGUCAGGAAAAUGAUAUAUCAGUUCGAGCCAGUGCUGCUGAUGCCCUGGAAGCUCUUUCAUCCAAAUCAACCAACGCUAAGAAAGCUGUGGUGGAUGCACGCGGUAUACCUGUCCUCAUAGGAGCUGUUGUGGCUCCUUCUAAAGAAUGCAUGCAAGGGGAUGGUGGUCAGGAUCUACAGGGACGUGCAGUACGUGCUUUGGCGAAUAUAUGUGGUGGAAUGUCUUCUCUAAUACUUUAUCUAGGAGAACUAUCUCAGUCCCCCCGUUUGGCUGCUCCAGUUGCUGAUAUAAUUGGCACACUGGCUUACUCACUGAUGGUCUUUGAACAAGCAUCUGGUGUUGAAGAACCAUUUGAUGUAACACAGAUAGAAAAUAUUCUGAUAAUGCUAUUAAAACCUCGAGAUAAUAAACUGGUUCAGGAGCGUGUCCUCGAAGCUAUGGCUAGCCUUUAUGGCAACACAUACCUCUCAAGGUGGCUCAAUCAUGCAGAAGCAAAAAAAGUGUUCAUAGGACUCAUAACCAUGGCCUCAGUUGAAGUGCAGGAAUAUCUGAUACUCUCAUUAACGAGGUUAUGCUGUGAUGGGGUUGGUACCUGGGAGGCCCUAGGAAUGAGAGAGGGUAUUCAGUUAUUAAUAUCAUUGCUGGGAUUGUCCAGUGAACAACAUCAAGAGUAUGCUGUUGCAAUGCUGGCAAUCUUGACAGACCAAGUUGAUGACAGCAAAUGGGCAAUCACUGCUGCUGGUGGUAUUCCUCCACUGGUGCAGUUAUUGGAGAUGGGAUCUCAAAAAGCAAGGGAAGAUGCAGCACAUGUGCUGUGGAAUUUGUGCUGUCACAGUGAAGACAUUCGUGCCUGUGUUGAAAGCGCUGGAGCUGUCCCGGCCUUCCUCUGGCUUCUAAAAAGUGGUGGACCAAAAGGACAAGAAGCUUCUGCUAUGGCACUUACAAAGCUUAUUCGUUUUGCUGACUCUGCCACCAUUAAUCAGCUAUUGGCUUUGCUCUUGGGAGACUUUCCAAGCUCAAAGGCUCACAUUAUUAAGGUGUUGGGUCAUGUGCUUACCAUGGCAUCACAGAAAGAUCUUGUGCAUAAAGGAGCUCCUGCAAAUAAGGGCCUCAGAUCUCUUGUGCAGGUUCUUGACUCUUCGAAUGAGGAAACUCAAGAGUAUGCUGCUUCUGUUUUAGCCGACCUAUUUAGCACUAGACAAGACAUCUGUGAUAGUCUUGCAACUGAUGAGAUUGUUAACCCUUGCAUGAAGCUCUUGACCAGCAAAACUCAGGUUGUUGCUACACAGUCAGCUCGGGCAUUGGGUGCAUUGUCCCGUCCAACCAAGGCUAACUCUACAAAGAAGGUGUCUUAUGUUUCAGAAGGGGAUGUCAAGCCUCAAAUCAAGCUAGCGGAAGGGGAUGUCAAACCAUUAAUUAAGCUAGCAAAGACUUCAUCAAUUGAUGCUGCUGAGACUGCAGUUGCUGCAUUGGCUAAUCUGCUGUCAGAUCCUCAGAUAGCUGCAGAAGCUUUGGCAGAAGAUGUUGUCUCAGCUUUGACAAGAGUACUAGGAGAAGGCACUUUGGAAGGCAAGAAGAAUGCAUCACGUGCCCUUCAUCAAUUAUUAAACCAUUUUCCAGUCGGGGAAGUACUUAGAGGAAAUGCUCAGUGCCGUUUCGCAGUUCUUGCGAUUGUUGAUUCCUUAUCUUCAAUGGACAUGGAAGGAAGUGAUGCCACUGAUGCUUUAGAUGUAGUUGCACUGUUGGCUAGGACAAAACAGAGUGUGAACUUUACAUACCCACCAUGGGCUGCUCUUGCUGAGGUUCCAUCAAGCUUAGAGCCACUGGUUCGCUGCCUGGCUGAGGGGCUUCCUCCCUCUCAAGAUAAGGCGAUAGAAAUCCUGUCCAGGCUAUGUGGUGAUCAACCAGUUGUCUUGGGUGACCUUCUGGUCGCCCGUCCUAACUCUAUUGUUUCACUAGCUCAUAGAAUAAUGAACUCAUCCAGUUUAGAAGUGAAAGUUGGAGGUGCUGCAUUACUCAUUUGUGCUGUGAAGGAACACAAAAUGCAGUCAAUUGAUGCACUUGAUGCAUCAGGUUUUCUAAAGGCUCUCAUAUACACCCUAGUAGAUAUGAUGAAGCGCAACUCUAGCUGUUGCAAUCUGGAAAUUGAAGUCAGAACCCCUAGAGGCUAUAAAGAAAGAAAUGCAUUCCAAGACGGGGAUGAUUUUGAUAUUCCUGAUCCAGCCACUGUCUUGGGGGGAACAGUUGCUUUGUGGUUGCUGUCAAUUAUUUCUUCAUUUCACGAGAAGAACAAAAUGACUGUCAUGGAGGCUGGUGCAGUGGAGGUUCUUGCUGACAAACUUUCAACUUAUACCGCCAACCCACAGGCAGAAUUUGAAGAUACAGAGGGCAUAUGGAUUAGUGCGCUGCUUUUGGCCAUUUUGUUCCAGGAUGCAAAUAUUGCUCUAUCUCCUCCUUCGAUGCGGAUUAUACCUACACUUGUUCUCCUACUCAAGUCUGAUGAAGUGAUUGACAGAUACUUUGCCGCUCAAGCAAUGGCUAGUCUUGUUUGCUGCGGCAGUAGGGGAAUACAUCUCGCUGUUGCAAAUUCAGGUGCAGUUUCAGGGUUAAUAACUCUGAUUGGUUACAUAGAAUCAGAUAUGCCCAACCUUGUUGCUCUAUCCGAAGAGUUUUUUUUAGUUCGUAACCCUGAACAAGUUGUUUUGGAACGCCUCUUUGAAAUUGAAGACAUAAGAUUUGGCUCUACUGCACGCAAAUCUAUACCAUUGUUGGUUGACCUUUUGAGACCAAUGCCAGAUAGGCCAAGUGCCCCUCCAACCGCUGUUCACCUGUUGACCUUCCUUGCAGAUGGAAAUGAUGUGAAUAAACUGGCUAUGGCAGAUGCUGGAGCUCUAGAUGCUCUAAAUAAGUACCUCUCUCUGAGUCCUCAAGACUCAACUGAGGCCACUAUAUCUGAAUUAUUGAGAAUAUUGUAUGGCAACACUGAUCUACUUCGUCAUGAAGCAUCAUUAAGUUCUUUGAAUCAACUCAUAGCUGUUCUGCGUUUGGGGUCAAGAAAUGCUAGAUUCAGUGCUGCUAGGGCUUUGCAUCAGCUUUUUGAUGCAGAGAACAUCAGAGAAACUGAAUUGGCCAGGCAAGCCAUCCAACCAUUGUUAGACAUGCUUAGUGCUGGAGCAGAGAGAGAGCAACAGGCUGCUCUUGUUACUCUGAUCAAAUUAACUUCAGAAUAUUCUCCGAAUGCAUCAUUAUUCAGUGAUGUGGAAGGAAACCCACUUGACUGCCUGUACAAGAUUUUAACAUCUGCGUCAUCAUUGGAACUAAAGAGAAAUGCUGCGCAGCUCUGUUUUGUGCUAUUUGGUAACUCAAAGAUUCGGGCAAUGCCAAUAGCCUCUGAAUGUAUAGAGCCUUUGAUAUCACUAAUGCAGUCAAAUACAAGAACAGCAGUGGAAUCUGGCAUUUGUGCUUUUGAGAGAUUGUUGGAUGAUGAACAACAAGUUGAGCUUGCAGCAGCAUUUGAUGUUGUUGAUCUUCUUGUUGGCUUGAUUUCUGUGUCUAACCACCUACAUUCUGAGGCAAGCAUCAAUUCUCUAAUAAAGCUGGGGAAGGACCGUACUCACUUGCAACAUGACAUGAUAAAAGCUGGAGUCAUUGAUAACUGUCUUGAGUUGCUCCCUGACGCACCUAGCUCACUAUGCUCCUCAGUUGCUGAGUUGUUCUGCAUCUUAACCAACAGCAGUGGGAUUGCAAAAAGUUCAGCCGCUGCCAGAAUUGUAGAGCCUCUUUUCUUGGUUUUACUCCGCCCAGAUAUCAGUUUGUGGGGACAGCAUUGUGCCUUGCAAACACUAGUGAACAUUUUGGAGAAACCACAGAGCCUUUCAACUCUGAGACUUACUCCAAGCCAAGUCAUUGAACCUUUGAUUUCAUUUCUGGAAUCGCCUUCUCAAGCCAUCCAGCAGCUAGGCACUGAACUGCUGUCUCAUCUUCUAGCUCAGGAGCAUUUCCAGCAAGACAUUACAACACAAAAUGCAAUCAUUCCUCUUGUUCAGCUUGCAGGAAUUGGAAUAUUAAACUUGCAGCAGACAGCAAUAAAGGCUCUAGAAAGUAUGUCAACUAGCUGGCCGAAGGCUGUUGCUGAUGCUGGAGGUAUUUUUGAGCUCUCAAAGGUUAUUAUUCAAGACGACCCUCAACCACCUCAUGCAUUGUGGGAAUCAGCUGCAUUGGUCCUCUCAAAUGUUUUGCGGUUCAAUGCUGAAUAUUACUUCAAAGUUCCUCUAGUGGUCCUUGUGAGAAUGUUACACUCAACAUUGGAGAGCACUAUUACAGUAGCUCUCAAUGCCUUAAUUGUUCAAGAAAAGAAUGAUGCUUCAAGUGCUGAACUAAUGGCUGAAGCUGGUGCAAUAGAUUCGCUGCUGGACCUUCUAAGGUCUCAUCAGUGUGAAGAAGCAUCUGGAAGACUACUUGAGGCUCUAUUUAACAAUAUAAGGGUGCGAGAAAUGAAAAUUUCCAAGUAUGCCAUAGCUCCUUUAUCUCAGUAUCUAUUAGAUCCACAGACCAGAUCAGAGUCUGGUAGGCUUCUUGCAGCCCUUGCACUCGGUGACCUCUUCCAGCAUGAGGGACUCGCUAGAGCUAGUGAUUCUGUAUCUGCAUGUCGUGCACUUGUUAGUUUGCUUGAAGACCAGCCAACUGAAGAGAUGAAAAUGGUGGCAAUAUGCGCAUUGCAAAACUUAGUUGUGCAAAGUAGGACAAAUCGGCGAGCUGUUGCAGAAGCAGGUGGCAUAAUGGCAAUACAGGAACUUCUCCUAUCUCCAAAUCCAGAAGUUGCUGCGCAGGCAUCAUUGCUGAUCAAAUUUUUGUUUUCUAAUCACACUCUCCAGGAAUAUGUAUCAAAUGAGCUCAUUAGGUCCUUGACAGCUGCAUUGGAGAAAGAGCUGUGGUCCAAGGCCACUAUUAAUGUGGAUGUCCUGAGAACUAUAUAUGUGAUAUUCAGCAACUUCUCUAAGCUCCACGUUUCUGAGGCAGCUACCCUUAUCAUCCCACAUCUAGUAGGAGCACUGAAAGCUGGAAAUGAGGCUGCUCAGGAAUCUGUAUUAGACACCUUAUGCUUGUUAAAACAGUCGUGGUCUACCAUGCCCAUAGAUAUUGCCAAAGCUCAAGCUAUGAUUGCUGCUGAAGCAAUUCCAAUUCUACAGAUGCUGAUGAAAACUUGCCCUCCGAGUUUCCAUGAAAGAGCAGACAGCCUGUUACAUUGCUUGCCUGGUUGUUUGACAGUCACAAUUAAGCGUGGAAACAACUUGAAACAGACCAUGGGAAACACAAAUGCCUUCUGUCGGCUGACGAUAGGAAAUGGUCCACCACGGCAGACAAAGGUUGUGAGCCACAGUACUUGUCCAGAAUGGAAAGAAGGGUUUACUUGGGCAUUUGACGUUCCUCCAAAGGGACAAAAGCUUCACAUCCUCUGCAAAAGCAAAAAUACAUUUGGGAAGACAACCCUUGGGAGAGUCACAAUCCAAAUAGAUAAAGUUGUGACUGAGGGUGUUUACAGUGGGUUCUUCAGCCUCAACCAUGACAACAAGAAGGAUGGAUCAUCUCGAACACUAGAAAUCGAGAUCAUCUGGUCCAACAGGAUAUCUGAGAGCAUGUGAAUGGGUAGUCAGCAUAUUUCUACUUACACACUAGACACGGAGUCAGAGAAUGAAUCAACCAAGCUUCUCAAGAAGCUGAGCAGCAGAGGAUGUAAUUAUUGUGAUCCAUUCCAAUGUGUUGCAGGUUGGUUAGUUUCACUUGUAAUUAUUGUUUCGGUGAGGUCCAGUUUUGUAGCUUAAAAAAAAUGUUGCUGGGUGAAAUGUAAAUUUCAAUUUGCCAGUUUAAGUUGCAGAGCUGUAGAGUCUGAGAAUUCCCCGCCAUGUAGAUCAGAAAUGGAUUUUUCCUCUUCCUAUUUAUUUUGGGGAGGAUUUGGCGCAAGUGGCCAGGGAGAGGGAUUGAAAUUCAGGACUGCAGGAGUUGAUUGUACAGAAUCUGUAGAUUCUAGUGGAUAAAAGCAUCUUUCGAAAGACUGGGUCUUGAGAUAUUGGUUCAA